AUGAGCAGCACAGCGCAACCUGACGCCAUCGCGGUGAUCGAUUUCGGCUCCCAAUAUACGCACUUGAUUGCGAGGCGCGUCCGGGAACUGGAAGUAUAUUCGGAGAUCAUACCGGCCACGGCCGGCCGCGAAAGGAUUGCGCACCUCAACGCCAGGGGUAUCAUCCUGUCCGGCGGCCCGGCGAGCGUGUACGACGCGGGCGCCCCGGCCAUUGCCGAUUGGGUAUUGCAAUCCAAUAUUCCCGUGCUGGGGAUCUGCUAUGGCAUGCAGGCCAUGGUCCACCAAUUGGGCGGGACGGUCACCCCCGGCGACGCGCGCGAGUACGGGCACGCCGACCUGCGCGUAGCUGAAUCAUCCAGCCGGCUCCUGGCAGGGGUCGGCGCCUCGGCUCCGGUAUGGAUGAGCCACGGCGACCGAGUAGAACGGCUGCCCGAGGGAAUGGCGACGCUGGCACGUACUGACAACAGCGAUUGCGCCGCAGUGUCCGAUGGACAGCAAUGGUUCGGGCUGCAGUUUCACCCUGAGGUACAGCACACUCCAGACGGGAUGACCAUUCUGCGUAACUUCGUUCGGGAGAUUUGCGGGUGCUCGGGCUCGUGGACAGCCGGCAACUUUGUGGCGGACACGGUGGCAAGGGUGAAGGAGCAGGUGGGGAGCGACCGGGUAAUCUGCGGGCUCAGCGGAGGCGUGGACUCUUCGGUGGCGGCGGCGCUGCUGCACCAGGCGGUCGGGUCACAGUUGACCUGCAUUUUCGUAAACAACGGCCUGCUCCGACACGGAGAGGCCGAAGAGGUGCAGGAAACCUUCAACGAGAACAUGGGCAUGGAUCUGCGCUACAUUGACGCGUCCGACCGUUUCCUCGACGGCUUGCGCGGGGUUACGGACCCGGAAACGAAACGCAAGACCAUCGGCAACGAAUUCAUCCGGGUGUUCGAGGACGCGGCGGCCGAGAUCGAAAACGUGCGUUGGCUGGCCCAGGGCACGCUGUAUCCCGAUGUGAUUGAGAGCGAGACUCCGGAGAACCGGGCGUCGGCUCGCAUCAAGUCGCACCACAACGUGGGCGGCCUUCCGGAGCGGAUGAAUUUCAGCCUGGUCGAGCCGCUGCGCUACUUGUUCAAGGACGAGGUACGCGCGGUGGGUUUGGAGCUGGGCCUGCCGGAGGAGAUCAUUUACCGGCAACCGUUCCCGGGUCCCGGGCUGGCGAUACGGAUCAUCGGCGAGGUCACCCCGGAGCGGGUCGAGUUGCUGCGCGAUUGUGAUCGCAUCGUGCUGGAGGAGAUCCACGACGCGGGUCUGUACCGGGACAUCUGGCAAAGUUUCGCGGUGCUCACCGACAACCGCACCGUUGGAGUGAUGGGUGACUACCGCACCUACGGUUACGCUUGCGCAAUCCGCGCGGUCAACUCGGAAGACGCGAUGACGGCGGACUGGGUCAGGCUGCCAUACGACGUGCUGGCUCGGGUCAGCAACCGAAUUGUGAACGAGGUCGAUGGCGUGAACCGCGUGGUGUAUGACAUCACCAGCAAACCCCCCGGAACCAUCGAGUGGGAGUGA